GGCGCGGCGGCCGAGGCGGCGGGGCGGCCGAGCAUGGAAGAACAGCAGCCGGAACCUAAAAGUCAGCGCGACUCGGGCCUCGGCGCGGCGGCGGCAGUGGCGGCGGCGGCGGCCCCCGGCAGCCUCAGCCUGAGCCUCAGCCCCGGCGCCAGCGGCAGCAGCGGCAGCGAUGGAGACAGCGUGCCGGUGUCUCCGCAGCCCGCGCCCCCCUCGCCGCCCGCGGCGCCCUGCCUGCCGCCCCUGGCCCACCACUCGCAUCUCCCCCCGCACCCCCCGCCCCCGCCGCCGCAGCAGCAUCUCGCGGCGCCUGCUCACCAGCCGCAGCCCGCGGCCCAGCUGCACCGCACCACCAACUUUUUCAUCGACAACAUCCUGAGGCCGGACUUCGGCUGCAAAAAGGAGCAGCCGCCGCCGCAGCUCCUGGUGGCGGCGGCGGCGGCGGCCGGAGGAGGCGCAGGAGGAGGUCGGGUCGAGCGUGACAGAGGCCAGACCGGCGCAGGUAGAGACCCUGUCCACCCGCUGGGCACGAGGGCGCCAGGCGCCGCCUCACUCCUGUGCGCCCCGGACGCGAACUGUGGCCCACCCGACGGUUCCCCGCCAGCCACCGCCGGCGUAGCGAGUGCGUCCAAAGCUGGGAACCCGGCGGCGGCGGCGGCGGCGGCGGCCGUGGCAGCGGCGGCGGCAGCAGCGGCGGCCAAACCUUCGGACAGCGGCGGUGGCAGUGGAGGCGGCGUGGGGAGCCCGGGAGCGCAGGGUGCUAAGUACCCGGAGCACAGCAACCCGGCCAUCCUGCUAAUGGGCUCAGCCAACGGCGGGCCCGUAGUCAAAACUGACUCGCAGCAGCCCCUCGUGUGGCCCGCCUGGGUCUACUGCACGCGCUACUCGGAUCGUCCGUCCUCCGGUCCGCGCACCAGAAAGCUAAAGAAGAAGAAGAACGAGAAGGAGGACAAGCGGCCGCGGACGGCGUUCACGGCCGAGCAGCUGCAGAGACUCAAGGCGGAGUUUCAGGCGAACCGCUACAUCACCGAGCAGCGGCGGCAGACCCUGGCCCAGGAACUCAGCCUCAACGAGUCCCAGAUCAAGAUCUGGUUCCAGAACAAGCGCGCCAAGAUCAAGAAAGCCACGGGCAUCAAGAACGGCCUGGCGCUGCACCUCAUGGCGCAGGGACUAUACAACCACUCAACCACUACGGUCCAGGACAAAGACGAGAGCGAGUAGCCGCCGCCGGCAGGGGCCGCGCGGUCCGGCCGCCGCGCCCGCGCCCCCUCCUGGUACCGCCACCGCCGCCUUGCCGGCCCCACGCCCCGGGAGAAAUAAUCAGCGCAAAGGAGGAGGAAGGGAACAACAGCGAAAAGAAAGAGAAAGGGGUCCCCAGGACGGAGAGUCGCGUUGGAACGAGACAUUUUUCCAAAGGGAGAAAGACUCGGACAGGUGCUAUCGAAAAAUCAGAUCAGUUCUCUCUUCACAGUAUAAGGGACGAAACUGCGAACUCCUUAAAGCUCUAUCUAGCCAAACCGCUUACGACCUUGUAUAUAUUUAAUUUCAGGUAAGGAAAAGAAUUAUGUGUAGCGAUCUCUAUUUGCUGGACUUUUUAUUAAUCUCCUUUAUUAUUAUUGUUAUAAUUAUUAUAAUUAUUAUAAUUAUUUUAUCCCCCGCCUCCGCCUCGCUGCCCCCAGCCCAGUUUCGUUUUCUUUUGAAUGUUACUGCUUCUCCGGUGCCUCCCGCCCCGCAUCGCUGGCCCUCGUUUCUCUGGGACUUUUCUUUGUGUGCGUGAGAGUGUGCUUCCUCGCGUGUCUGCCCUUCUCCUGGGCCCUUCUGUCGGUCUGUCUGUCCUGCCUCCCACCCCUUUCGUUUUCCGGAGACUUGUUGAGAAAUACGACCCCACAGACUGCGAGACUGAACCGCCGCUACAAGCCAAAGAUUUUAUUAUGUUCAGAAACCUGUAGUCUGAAAUAAAGUGUACGCUGUGCUCA